AUGGUGUCGAGGUUCUUCGCCACAGAACUCCGUCAGAAGAGGAAGCUGAUGGGCCAUCUCGGAGCGCCAGGAGCCGAGGAGAUCUACUGCGACAAGGACAGGGCGGCUGCAGUGGCCAUGGGCGACCAAGAUAUCAAGACGUCUCUGAAGGUCAAGAGGAAGAAGGAACGACGUGUCAUCCUUCCUGAAGGCACCAACGCAUCGGUUCACCUAACGGAGGCGCAGCGGGCGAUUUCCAAGGGGAACAUCGAAACUGCUCUCUCGUGCGCAGAGAAGGCCGUGGAGACAGGGGGUGACCCAGCUUCCCUGGUGGUGCGAGGACGGUGCCAUCUGCUGCUGGGUCAUCUGCAACAGGCGCUGGCAGACGCGAGAGACGCGCUCAAAGUCGAUCCUUCCAUUGUUAAAGCCGUGUUGGUCCAAGCCGAAGCUCUUUAUGGGAUGGGAGAAUUCGAACGAUCACUCGUCCUAUUCCAUAGAGGAGCGAGGAAGCGACCAGAUCUCACUGCCUUUACCCGUGGUGUCCACAAGGCGAGGGAAGCCAUCAUCAAUGCAAUCGGAGAAUUUAUAACAAAGAAAAAAACGCAACUCCUAACGGGUCCUCCUCCCCGUCUCUCUCGUCUCCGGCAGCGUCUUCUAGGGGGCCUCAGCAGCGACAAGGAGUUCCUGGCAUCCCUGGUGUCCCGGAGGAGUCUCAAGAGGGAACUGACCUCGACUGACCCCUCGAGCUUGGUGGGCAGGUCAGGCAACCACGUGGCCUCCGUCGCCAAGGAGGCUCUCACCUCUUUGCAGGUGGAUGUACAGCACGAAUUCGAACUUAACUCAGUGCUGAACAUGGAAUACACACUCGAGUGA